CGAGCGUCAAAAAUAUGAUACACCUUGGUCGGAGGCCCCCAAUAUCUGGAGGUCCUAGGCUUUUUUGCAAGCAUUUAACACUUUAGCGACAGAAACCAGAUGUGCAGGCAGAGUUUGUCAGUUAGAGGUACCAGUUUGGAAAUCGCAAUGUGACUGUUACGUCAACGUAAUAGGCUAUGAUAUAUGUUUUAGUAAUCAAGCUAACUUCUCCCUAGAAUCGUACAUAACAUGGAAUGUUUCAAUAACGAUGACCCAAUCUACGCUUCGCUAUUUUCUGUUAUAUCUUUAUGCAGGGAUUCAAUGUGACAUUGCUGACGAUAUGACAUAUAGCUUCACUGACAGCUGUCCAGAUGAACAAAGUGAAGAAGGAAAACUUUGUCAAGAUCCCUCGAGUCUAAUGCCACUCGUUUACCACGACUUUGGCCUAUCAGUUAAGUUCUAUAAAAAUGCCUAUUGUGUAUUAUGUUCGAAUGAAUUACUGCUCGAUGCAAUAACAAAUGUUAAUUUCAAUUAUAAAUGUAAAAAUAACACGGUACCGGAUCCAGAAACUAUGGAGAAACACCUGCUGGAUGGGACAUGCUCUCGUGAAUAUAAACUACCAGAGUCAGCACUCGAAGCUGGCUAUUUUUGCGACAUGUAUCGAGAUAGUAUGAUUUCUGUUCUUAGCAAUGACUGUGACCAAUGCAUCAAUCAAGUUCAGAGAAAUGAAAGUGAAUGGACCCUUCAGUGUACGUUGUGCAGAAUCGCAGAAGCUUCGGUGGAGUUUUGCCCUGAAGGACAAGACACUGAUGUUAUACCUGGUUUAAGUUUAAAGACUUUGUUUAAUCAACCGUCGAAUCCAGUAUUUGUAAAGGCGAAUGGAAAAUUGUUCAAAGGAAGUGAUUUGUGUAAGGACGAUGAAAAUUUUGAUAACAUUUUUCAGAAAUGUCGUCAGUUUUACUGUCCAUUAGGCCAGUAUCCCAAACUUGGAAAAUGCCACCAGAAUACAACUAUAUAUAUUCCGUCUACUUCCUUGCCGUUACCCGACGCUUCAAAUACGGUAUUUGUCGACUUCGCAUACAAAAUUAUAGAUUUAAAAAAUGCGAUCCCUGUGGCCAAAAUAAUCGACAAAGUCAAAAGCACCAAACAAAAUGUAACGCUCAUUAAUGGACCAUCUUUUAAAGAUUCGGUGUAUGAUUUUAGGUUUCAGUUUGACAUGACAGAAUUUCCAUUGUCUUUAUUGGUUAAUGCGUUAAGUAAUAUUGAAUUCUAUAAAGACACGGCUGCCUUGGAAAUACAAGUCUUUAAUUAUAGAGAAAUCGAUACUUUAAAAAAGAUAUGUGGCGGCGAUGAUUAUAAAUGUUUAAACGAAACAACUUUUGUAAGUAAAAAAGAAGAUCUUUUCGCCCAGAUGAACGUUGGUAAUCUGACUCAGUUUUUUCCUAUUGAAAAUACCUUUUUUAAUCUCUUACUCUCUACAGGGAUUAAUAUAACUAGUAUUUGCAUUUGUGAUUCUGAUAUUUUAGAUUAUUCUACGAAAAAUUGUUCUGCUUCUUGGUAUUUAUAUGAUUCGGAUGAAUACACAAUUUUAGAAAAGGCGGAAUUACACAUCCUGGAAGCUGGUCUCAAAUUUCCACAGUCCGAAUACUAUAUCAGACAAAAUGGAUCAGCACUAGUUUGUUAUGACCCAUUUAAGAACGCACCUUUCUUCAACAUGGACACAACGCAGUUGUAUCUGUCAUGGGUUCUGUCCAGUAUAUCCAUUCUUUUUCUUAUUCUCACUAUUAUUCUCAAUUUUGUUUUUAAAGAGAUCCAGAAACUACCGGCUAAACUCAUUACUGGCUUGGCCACCUCGCUUGUCUUUGGUCAGUGUUUUUUAAUCUUUCCGAAGAUAGGUAAAAACAUGUGUAGGUAUAUUGCUGCGCUGACGCAUCUGAGCUGGCUCUCCGCUUUCAUGUGGAUGAGUGCACAAGCGGUUAAUAUGCUUAUCACUUUCCACCCAGCUACUCUCCACAAAGCCACAUCUUGGCAUGCUAACCAUGUUUUCCGAUCGUACUGUAUCAUAUGUUUGUCUAUUCCCCUGCUUAUUGUUGGCACUGGUUUUAUAUUAGAUGUAGUUCCCGGCGAUCACGGUCGACUUAACUAUGGCACGGUCGAAUGCGGCUGGAUGUCCAGUAUGUAUGGGUCUAUCGCAACCUUCUCCGUUCCCGUUGCCGUAACGUUAUUAAUCAAUGUUAUCUGCUUCAGUUUGACUUUGUAUUAUUUGCAGCGAGCUAUCCACAGCUCACAGAAAGUCACCGGGAAAAAGUUAGACAGAAAUAUGUGUUUGAUAUACAUUAAGUUAUCUUCUGUCCUCGGAUUUUCUUGGAUCUUUGGAUUUAUUGCUACAUAUGCAAAUGCACCAGCGUUGUGGUACGUUUACAUUAUUUUAAACGGUCUUCAAGGUUUCUUUGUCUUCUUAUCAUUUACUGUAAAUGUUACCAGACGACAAAUGACAAAGAAAGCCAGUAUCAUGAAAUCCCAAACAACGACGACUACAAGCUAGACCCGGUGCAUGAUUUACAUACAGGUUUUGCAGACUGAAGCCUAGGUCUCAAGAUCUAGAGAGCCUCCGGAUAAGGUGUAUAAUAUUUUGAAACUGUCUUUUAAAAAGCCUUUGUUACACGCACUGUGCGUAGUUUUAAACAUCCGUACUCAUUUCCGGCUCUGCUCAGUUGUGUUUAAAACACACUUUCACCUUCCUCUAGUCGUGAGGGUGGAGGAUUAAGAAGCGCCUCAUAAGUGGGAUAGCCUAGUACUGACUAGACCAGUGGUUCUCAACCUUUUUUUGCCAACGGCACACCUUGGAUCACAUGAAAAAAUAGCGGCACACCUGGCUAAAUAUAUAUGCAAAAUAUUUGAAUUUUGCAAAAUAAAAACAUGGCAAGUCAUAGACUGCAUACAACCGUAGACACAUACUAGUCAUAGGCACAUAAAGUGACUCAAACUAAAUCAAGAAAAACACAGCUAUGAAUUUAUCAGUAGACACCAGUGUAAUACUCAACUGGGGUUACGUGGUUUUACCCAUUUUCUUAGUGUGCCGUUCAAAAUUUCGCGGCAAACUUGUGUGCCACGGCACACUGGUUGAGAAUCACUGGACUAGACGAACGUUAAUAGACCUGCAGGGGUCCGUUUCACAAAACGUGAAAGUUGCUUACUCGUGUUCUAUGGUGAUUUUCCGAGUUCCCCGUUUUUAACUUAUGUAUAAAGGUCCAUGCACGUAGAUAUUAUUCCCGAAAUUGUGUUGAGCGGAUGUUACCCCCCCCCCCCCCUCUCUCUCUCUCUCUCUCUC